AUGCUUCGCUCCAAGUUCCCUACCGCCCACCACUUUACGGUGUCCAUUUUCGGAGCCCAGUACCACGCCGACUCACCUUCGGAGGAGAAGCUUGCCCUCAUCAACCGAUUCGACGAACUCAUCAAGGGCGCUGCGAUUCAUGUCGAGGAGCUCGAGCAGAAUGACCUCCCCUCCAAGGUCUGGAUGAGCUACUGGGCCUCGCCUCAGGCCUUCAAGACAUGGUGGGAGAGCCCGAAGACCGCCGCCUUCUGGUCCGCUCUCCCUGCCGAUGCCGGAUUCUGGAGAGAGACCGUCAGCAUCCCCGCCACCCGUGGCAUGUACGAGUCCAACAAGCCCCAAGCUUCCGGCUUCGGCCACUGCGGCGAGGCCAUCCCCCUCACCGCGAAGACCGGCUACUGGGGUGCCUACCGCUCGCGCAUGACCCCCGAUUCCCCCGAGGACAAGUUCGAGUCUCCCCUGCCCGCCGUCCCUACACCGAGACCCCUCACCGAUAAGAUCCGGUCCGGCAGAGUCAGAGUCUCCAAGUUCCCCGACAACAUCAACUUCGUCGUCGAGGGCCAGGACUACAGCUACAUGAACGAUAACGAGCGCGGACACUGGAACGAGAACUUCGACGGCCUGACCAAGCAAUGGGUUACUAACGUCAUGAACGCUGGCCCCGAGAAGGGCAUGGUCAACGCCAGAGCUUGCCAUGCUUUCGCCGGCGACAAGCAACCCGGAGCGACGAACGGCGCUGUCAACGGACACGCUACGAACGGAACGAAUGGCGUGAACGGCACCAACGGUGUCAACGGUACCAACGGCCACACCAACGGCACUAACGGCACCAACGGUCACACUAACGGCCACUCCAACUCCAUCUUCCCUGGUCUCGACUACAUUCGCCAGGCCCAGAUCCUCUUCUGGUUGGAUCUCUCAAAGAUGGAGUACAUCGGUCGCUACGACAAGGUCCACGUCAAGCUCAGGAAGGACUUUUUCGCUGCGUAUGGACCUGGUGGAGUUAUGGAGGGCGGUGAUUUGUUGCUCUGGGUUGACGUUGCAAUCCUGAAGGGUGAGGAGAUGGACGCUGAAUAUGUGGGCUGCUACGACGGUACAGGGUUCCUGGCGUACGACGAUCACCCGUCAUUCGCUAGCGAGGUGGUGGAGGCUUCGCAGCUCCCGUCCUUCUUCGACAAGCCCAUUCCGUCCCAGCCUAUUGAGUGGUAA